AUGGUCUUGUACAUAACCAACUCACAAAUUGUGCUUGAGAAUGAAAAUGUUGAAAAUUUAUUCUCUAUGGAUCAUUAUUCAUACUCUCUGGUGUGGAAUCAACAAAUGAGAGAUGAACUUGUUAAAGUCAUUGAUACAGAAUUAUCAUUGGCAGAAGAUAGAUUGGAUUUGAUUUCCAAUGAGCACCAAUGGGUCUCUGUACUUAGUAUUUGUAAAGAUUUAAAAAUUAAUUAUAAGAAUUUGCAUAGUGAAAUUGAAGUGAAUGGAAUUUACAUUGAAAGAGCACUUGAAUAUUUAUCUCUUAAUCCUGAUGCAAUUAUUGAAAAUCUACUCACCCACGAAACUUUUGAUAGUUUGUAUGAAAAGAUGCAAAUGCUCUCGAAUACAGACAAAGAAGACUUGGAGUUGAAAAAUAAGAUACUGAUAACACUUUCACGAUUGAAUGAGUUGGUAAAAUUAUUACAAAUUAACUCAAUGAACUCCAAACCAAAUGAACAAAAUGCUAAUAAUGAAUCUGGUACAUUAUCAGUGCCUUCAGUGUCUGAUUUAAUUCCAAGAAAAUCAGCAACUCCACCUCUUCACAAAAUGAUCUACUUGUCUAAGUUACUUUCAUUGAAACAUUUUAAAGAUGAAUACUUUUACAAUACAGCAGUGCUUAUAUCUUCAAUCUUAUCAAAUAAGAAGAAGAUAGCAAAUUAUGUGGAAGAUUUAGACAGAGAAGAUGCUCUAACUAAUAUAAUGAUUCAUUUAGCAAGAGAACAGCUUAUAUCAUUUUACUAUUCUGAUCAAGGAAAUACAGUCUAUAUGGAAACAGAAGGACUUAGAAGAAUUUUAUCAUUGGUUUAUAUUUUGGGAGAAUUAUUGAACUUUAAACCUAGAAGAAUGUUAGAUAUUGUAAAUAAUCCAAAUUUCAUUAAUGUGAUUGUAAUGAAUUUAAGUCUUUCAUCAAAUAAGACUGAGAAGUUGGAGUUAAUAUGGCAAUCUGUAUUUUUAUUGCAUACCCUUUUAGAUUCUCCUCUUUACAAUUCUCUCAAGUUGAGACAAACUAUUCAAAAAACAGGAGUGUUUGAAUAUUUGCUUGUUAUUAUUUUAAAUAUGGAAGAACAUAGCACCAAAUGUUUAACUGCUAUUGUUAACUUUUUAAAAGCUUUCCAUGUAAUCCCACUAUCCACAACUGAUCAAAGACAGUCAUUUGAGAGUUAUUCUUUCUUGAGAUACUUUUUACCAAGUCAACUACUGAAAUUAUUAGCAAGUGAUAAGGAAAGAGAUGUAGAUUUAUUCAUUUCUGCUCUUACUAAACGUGAAUAUAGUUCACCAUUCCUGAUUUGGAAUGGAACACAUAGGAGUAUUUUGAAAAAUUCUCUCUCUAAACGUUUAAAGGUAUUUGAUGAAAAGAGAAAAACACUUUCUAAACAAGUUGCUGAAUGGCAACAAACUGAGCCAACUAAAAUUGCAAAGGUAAUAUUCUCUUCGUCAAUAACUACCAAUUACUUGUACACUUUUGAGGAGCCAGAAAUUAUUUCUUAUCAAGAUCUAGAUGAAAAACUUUCUAUCAAUGACAUAUUUGUAGAAGCUUUUGUUAAUUUACAACCAGGUGGAACAGAAACAGAUGAGGAUGCAUCUAUUAAUGAACUUGAAUAUCCUGAUGUUUUCUUACUCAAAUUGGUCGAAGCAUUACAAAAGGAGCAAAAAUAUAGAAACAUAGAAUUAAUAAUUGAGGCCCAAACUAAAUUAUAUUUGAACUUUUCAUUAGGAAAAUAUACAACACCAAGCCAAGGUCAUUCACCUCACUUUUUGAAAUAUCAAGGAUAUCCAAUACUAAUUAGAAAGUAUCAAGGACUUCUUGAAGAUUUGUCUGAUGAUUCACAAAGAAUCAGGUUGUUAAAUUUAUUUGUUAGAUUGAUUGCUAGCCAGUUAGAACCUGAACCAGAAAUUUCUUAUAGAAACAAACUUUUAUUUUUGACUUCUGGUGGUUUAAUUUUCAUUUCCGAAUACAUUAUCAAGAAUUCUGUUUGUAGAAAUGAUGAACAACUCAUGAUUAAUACUUUGAGAGUUUUAGAUUCUAUAGCAGAUAUUUUAAUGCCACUCAUAUCUGAAGAUGAAGAGGAAAAGUUAAUUCCUAUUAACUUCUUUGAUAUAUUUGUACCUCUCCUCGACACGAAGUACAUUGAAAGUCGUACUGAAGUUUCACUAAGAACCAUCCAUUGCAUAAGAAAAUACGUAAGGCAUUUACAAAAUGAUAAUAAUCCAAUGGAAAAGGUAACACUAGAUCCAAAGAUUGAACAUUCUGUCAAACUCAUACAUAACAGAUGGCCACUUAUACUUCAAUUAAUUAAUGUUGGUUUCAUUUUCAAAUAUAACGGUAAUAGUAAUACAACAGAAAAUGAUGACCAUACCUUUAUCAAAACAAUAUGUAUUACAGCUUUAGAGAUUAUUCACAAUUUGCUUUCUCUUAAGAUAAGGUCAUCAUUUGAAACUUUAUUGGAAAAGUUGUUAUUGAAGAAUAUGAUUGAAACUUUAAUGCAAAUUGGAAAGAGAGGAGAAUUGCCAAUAUUUGACAAGAUUAAAACAUUUGAUGAUUUUUAUAACUUGACAAGAUCAGAAACUAAUCAUAUCCUAUUGGUUUGGAAUGAAAAUUUACGCAGUGAAUUGCUUGAAUUUAUUGAUUUAAACAUUCAUAAGAACAAUAAGGAAUUAACAGGUCAUAUUGAAAAAUUCUCCUAUACUUGUCUCAAAUCUGAAGGCAUGUUUAAAUUGCUAGAUACAAAUUUAGAUAUUUAUCCUACUUGCUUGAUUAGUACAUGGAAGGAAAGUAACUUGUUGAGUCUUUCUGAAUUCUUGCAGAGUAUUGUUGAUCCUGCAAUUUUAAAUUCCACCAAUUUGAUUCAAAGUUUAAUUACAAGUUUGCACUCCUUACUUGUUGUUGAAUACCAACAAAAGAUGAUUACCAAGGAAACUCUCAGACCACUCGCUCAACAAAUUACACUUCUCAAGUUGAUUGUUUGUCAAGACAGUUCAAAAAAUCUUUCCUCAGAAACAUCUGAACAAACUUUGAUUUUCCUUAACACAUCCUAUCAACAAGUUAUUCUUCAUAUUUAUCAUUUACUAAUUGGAUAUUUAGCUAAUUUGACAAAAGAUGAGGAGUUUAUGGUAGAAUCUGUUAAUGAUAUUCUUGAAAUUAUUAUUCGUAUUUCAAAAUUCUUCUCAAAAUAUUCUAACAAGAUUGGAGAGGACAAGACCAAAGAAUUUUAUCAAUUUAUGGUUGCAACUAUGCACAAGUUUAUAAUUUACUAUUAUAAGGGAUGUAAUAAUGAUAAUUCCUUGAAGGAGGAAGCAUUAUUGUUAAAUAUUUUUGAUCAUUUAAUUACCUUCUUUAAAACACUAACUGUUGGUACUACUCCAAAUAUUCAAACAUAUUGUGUCGGAAAUGGAUUAUUACUCUCAGUAUUACAUGCAUCUAUCAAGGGAGGUAUCCAUCAAGUUCAAGCAGUUAGAUUGAAAUCAAGUUUAUUGUUAUCCACUCUGGUUAAACUUUCCAUUCCUUCAGUUAAUGAAGUUUUGGAUCAAAUGCUCUUCCCUUCAUUUGCUUCAUUGCUUGGUCAAGGACAAUUAGAAGAAUUUAUCAAGCAAUUUGAUGAAGAUGUUGUUAAUCCUGAAGUUUGGUGGGAUGGAAGAGACAGAGAUUUGGUCAGAGAAUAUCUAUCCGAACAUAUUAAUCUUGCAUCUGAUUAUUUCUUUAUGGGAACACAUUUAGAAGAUUUUGCUUCCAAUACUCAAAGCAAAUUCAACGCAAACACAGAAAAGGGUUACAAACUUGGUAGUAUUUAUUUAACCAAGUUGAAUGAAAUGCCAACUUAUCAAUUUACUUUAAUAACCAAUCAUCAAUUUAUUGAAAUGGUUGUUGAAAAACUUUCAUCCCUUUGUGCUAAAUAUGAGGAAAGUAAUAUUAAUAAUACUGAAGAAAGAAAAACAAUUUGGAAAACUGCCUAUGCAUUCAUUCAAAAUCAUUCACUUUACAAGGAUGUUAAUUCAACAGAAUUAUCUUUAGAAGUUGAACAAUCACUUCUUCUCCUACUUGAAUUAUUCUGCAGAGAAUUAGUAUACAUUACUCAAUCAGAGGAAAAGCAUGACAUGUUCGUGAUUAAUUUACUUUGUUUCUUGACUACUUUUGUUAAAAAGUAUCCAAGUUCUUUCAUUCAAUUUUUGAAUAAUUUCUCUGAUUUUACAACAAUACUACUUCGUGUUGCUAAUAACUAUAGAAGUAUUUUGAGAUCUGUUAUUCAAGUUAUUUUGGAUACUGUUGGAAUUUUAACAAAAGAAAAAACAGGAAUGUCCCAAGCACUCUAUGAAAGUAUUUUGGAACAAGUUGGUUCAGAGUUGAAUAUUGCCUAUUUAUUCUUAUUUAUUAUGAAUAAGGUUCAAGCUUCUCAAUGUGUGGAAGUACUUAUUUCAAUUUCAAAGAUUGAUGAUAAUUUAGUUCCAUAUUUGAAAGAGAGUUGGUUCAUUCCUGAAACAUUCUUCACCUCAUCAGAACAUCUUUUAGAAAGUUUGGCAAAUGUAAAUGAUGAAUUUUGGAAUGAUGAAAAACGAACCACUCUAACACAGAAAUCUGAAGAAAUUAUUAAAAAGUUUGAAGCAAAUUAAAUAAAUAUUCAAUUUUAUUUC